UUCACUAGCCGCCACUAAAAAUGGAUUCAGAACCACCAUUUCAAGAGGCCUACAAGUCUCUCUUGAAGGAACAAGAGAAUUCUAUAGCAGUGAAACUGAUUGAUGAUGAGGAGGUUGUUGAAGAGUGUGAAGUCCCUGUGAUAGAUAUAAGCCGUUUAAAUGGACGGAACGAAACAGAGAAAGAAGAGUGCAAGAAGGAGAUAACAAGAGCUUCAGUAGAGUGGGGAUUCUUUCAGACAGUAAACCAUGGAAUACCUCAAGAUGUUUUGCAGAGGAUGCAGCGUGAGCAGGUGAAGCUGUUCCGGCAGCCGUUUGAGAAGAAAACCGGCGAAGGAGAUAAACUAUUGGGUUUAUCGGUAGCAGGGAAUAGCUACCGGUGGGGGACUCCGACCGCGACAUGUCUGAAGCAACUCUCAUGGACUGAAGCUUUUCAUAUUCCUAUCACCGAUGUUUUCACUUCUUCAGCUCAACCCAACAGGCUCAGCUUGACCAUAAAAGAGUUUGCCGCAACAGUUUCCUCUUUGGCCCACAUAAUAGCUGAGAUUUUGGCAGAGAAUUUGGGUCUAAAAUCUGCCUUCUUCACAGAAAAUUGCUUGCCAAACACCUGUUAUCUUAGAAUGAACAGAUACCCACCAUGUCCCUUACCCUGCAAGGUCUUUGGAUUGAUGCCACAUACAGACAGUGACUUUCUCACAAUCUUGUACCAAGAUCAGGUUGGAGGAUUGCAAUUGGUUAAAGAUGGUAGAUGGGUUACUGUUAAACCAAAUCCAGAAGCUCUAAUCAUCAACAUUGGUGACUUAUUUCAGGCAUGGAGCAAUGAUGUUUACAAGAGUGUGAAACACCGAGUGGUGACCAAUGGACGCGUGGAGAGAUUUUCUGUGGCGUAUUUCUUCUGUCCUUCUUAUGAUACUAUAAUACAGAGUUACAGAGAGCCUCGGGUUUACAAGAAGUUUAGCUUUAGAGAGUACAGAGAACAAGUCCAGGUAGACGUUCGGACAACAGGCAACAAGGUGGGGCUUCCUAGGUUUCUCCUUUGAAAGGAAAUGGAGUAUCAA